CUGAGGAACUGUACGUCGCCGCACCGGGCAUUGGAGGGAUGGAUUCACUGGGGGAACGACAGUGAUGACAGCCUACUAAAGCAUACGUUAGCUAACUUAAUAUUCUCAAGAUAACCUACACCACAGGGUAUUGGUCGUCGUGUGAGCACCUACAAGCAAAUAGCUUGCUUGCGUGGCGAACCACUGGAUUGACCGGUAUUGCAACCGACUGGUGUACCAGAGCCCAUAGCACCAGCCCCCAUACCUGCGUUGGCAGGACUUCCCACACAAGUGUGUGUCGGCCAGGGUGAAGGCGGGGGGGGGGAGUCAGGGCCAUGCUCCAAGACUGAGGAGGAUCCUCGGAGGCACUCGCCCAGGGUCGACGUCAGGGGUCCGGGAGCGGUUUCCGCGGCGAUGAAGCUAAAACAGCGCGUGGUGGUUCUGUGUGCCAUCCUUCUCCUGCUGGGCUUGGCUAAGAUCUUUCUGCUGGAUGGAGGAGAGGGCUCUGUGGCCAGCCGGAGGGAUCUCCGAGCCUUCCGCAAGAUGGAGGCAGGCCUCUCUCUCUCCAGGGGGGCUCGUCUCACCCACACCCUGCAGUCCCCGUGGGAGGUGGCGGGCCAGUGGGUGGGGCCCAGGGAGGUGUACCCGGAGGAGACCCCCGAGCUUGGGGCCGUCCUGACCGCCCUCAGCACCGCCCGGGUGGAGCGUGUCGAUGUGGGGUACAAGGGUACUCAGCUCAAAGCCCUGCUCGUGCUGGACGGGGGCCAGAAGGUGGUCUUCAAGCCCAAGAGGUACAACAGAGACCAUGUGGUGGAGGGGGAGCCGUACGCCGGCUACGACAGACACAACGCUGAGGUGGCCGCCUUUCACCUGGACAGGAUCCUGGGGUUCAGGAGGGCGCCCCUUGUUGUGGGGAGGUUCGUCAACCUCCGCACUGAGUUCAAGCCCGUGGCUACAGACCAGCUGCAGAGCACCUUCCUAAUGCAGGGUAAUAACAGCUGCUUCUAUGGGAAGUGUUACUACUGCAGAGAGAGCGAGCCAGCGUGUGCGGAGGGGGAGAUGAUGGAGGGCUCGCUGACCCUCUGGCUCCCUGAUGUGUGGCCCCUGCAGAAACACAGGCACCCCUGGGGACGUACCUACCGAGAGGGCAAACUGGCCAGGUGGGAGUACGACGAGAGUUACUGUGAGGCCGUAAAGAAGAUGCCCCCUUACGACGCUGGGCCCAGGCUAUUGGACGUCAUCGACACGGCCAUCUUUGAUUACCUCAUCGGUAACGCAGACCGCCAUCACUACGAGAGUUUCCAGGACGACGGGGGAGCCAGCAUGCUCAUCCUCCUUGACAACGCUAAAAGUUUUGGCAACGCAGCCCUGGAUGAACGCAGCAUCCUCGCCCCACUCUACCAGUGCUGCAUGGUGCGCGUGUCUACGUGGAACAGGCUGAACCUGCUGAGGGGCGGGGCCCUGAGCAGCACCAUGCGCCAGGCGCUCACCUUCGACCCCAUCACCCCCGUUCUGGCCGAGCCGCACCUCGCCGCGCUGGAUCGGCGCCUGGUGGGCAUCAUAGCAACCGUCAAGCAGUGCAUGGAGACGCAGGGCCAAGACAACACCCUCAUAGAGGACCGCAUGAACCUGCCCCACCCCUAGACCCCCUCCUCUCCCUCCAGACCCCCCACGGGCCCUGAGGGAAAGAGGGGGAUCACGAGAAGCCAGGAGAGGUUCCUAUGGACCUUAAAAGCCUCAUUUACUGGAGGCAGGGAGGGUAAGAGGGGAGGCAGAGGAUGUCACGACAUUCUGUCCGCUUUAGUCAGAGACAUGGUGUGGUUGGACAUAAUGGAUGAUGACCAUUGUGUUACUGUAUCUUCUUACGGUAUUUUCCCAGCUGCCUCGUCCCAGGGUCAUGGACAUGACCUUUCCUCUACCUGGUCCCCCUCCUCUGCCACCUCCUGUUUCAGGAAGUGAGAAGUCAGGUGACCUUUUGACAGAACUUCUCUUAAAACCGUUCCUCUUCCUCGCGAGGAGGAAAUACAAAAACAGAUGAAUUUAGGACUGGAUGUGGGAGCAUUCAGGACAGUUGGGGUGCGAAUAUGACCACUACCCCCCCCCCCCCACCACCACCACCACCACCUCUCCCUCCCCAUUGACUGGACAUAGUGUGAGAGACUGAGGAGUAGUGUGUGUCUGUGUGUGUGUGGGGGUGGGGGUGAGGGUGGGGAGUAAUGAUGUAUUAAGACUGGCAGAUUUUGUCAGGGGGCGUGGCAGGUGGACAUUAAGGAUCCGGAGCGAUUUCUCGCUUCCAGGGUGGACUUGAGUUCGAUCACAUGACGUCGCUGUUUAGUCGAUGCAGAUACUGAAUGCAGAUUUUCAUUUCAGUGCCAUUGUGAGUUAAGAUGUUUGGAUUGUAACGGUCGACUGUCAUGGAGAGAAGCCUGAGGCCCGAUGUGUACAUACUGAACUAACUUAAAUAGCAUUACUGAUAAAUGAGAAUUAUAAUAUUAAGGAACAUUAAUUUAGUAUUGUACGUGUGUGUGUGUACGCUUGCGUGUGUGUGUGUGAAGGAAUGACAGUGUGUGUGAGAGGUACCAAACAAUAAGUAAGUAAGCUACUGAUGUUGCAGGACUGGGGAAACAGUUGCAGGUGCACUGGUAUUGGUAACUUUAACAAUAAAAACAUGGCCUGUUUAAAAGCGCCUCUAACCUAGCCUCAGUGUGU